AUGACUGCUUUGGAAGCUGAUCUCAGCAAACUCUCCCUGCAAGAGCGCCCCCAGCACAACGAGCAUCCUGGCCAGCACCCAGACGGAGGGGAGGUUGAGGAAGAGCCGGCGGAAAUCCUGCCUUUCAGAUUUUUUGACUUGCCUUCGGAAAUCCGCCUCAAGAUAUACAAUUACGUGCUGUUUGGGUCAAAAAGAAAAGGAGCUGCUCGCCCAAGUGGCAAUGUGGGCUCGUCGUCCAAGAACAAACCAUUGGCACCCCUCUCCCAUCGCGUUGCGCUCUUCCUAGCUUCGCGUCGCAUUCACGAUGAAGCCUCGGUGCAGUUUUACUCGGUUCAAACGUUCCGUGUCUUUCAGAUCCAGGAUUACUCGCGGUUACCCACGUUAACCAGCCUUGCGCCUACCUACCGGCCACUCAUAAAAAAAAUUGAGCUCAUUCUCGGAUCAAGUUGGACGGCGCCUCCGAAAUCGUGGAAAGUCACGAAUCGCCUUGGUUUAGCGGAAAUGACCGGGCUCCAGACACUGAAAAUCUUCAUUCAGUGUGACCCUUCGCACCCGGUUUUCGAAGGAUUCAGAAUAUCUUCCGAUUUUUAUACUGGUUUUGCGGGCGAGAUGGUACAGAAGAUUUUGGAACAGUUACCGAAUUUGACUCAGGUUGAAUUUGACGCUUGGCCUUCGGUUCAGAAGAAUGGAGCUCUGAUGAGACGCUUGUUAUCUGAAGUCCGCACAGCAAACAAGAAGAUUCUCUGGGGCCCUGAACGCGGAUGGAAUGACUGGGAGGAUGAAGACUGGAACGAUACCGCGAGUAAAAUGAAUGCUACCGGGUCCAUCUCAAUUACUGACCUAAGUCGAAAAUCACUGCGUAGACAGCAUGUACCUGCGGCCAGGAUCGCGACGUUGUCAUAG